UCUCGGGGCAGGGUUCUUGACGGGUACAUAAUAUGUCUCUUAAAUGGAUAGGAGUAACGCUUUUCUUUCUUCUUUUGUUACAAUCGAUAUGUUUAUAGAUCUGGUGGUGGAUGCUGCCGAACGACGGCCCACAUUGGAUAACCAUGAUUGGGCAAGUCUGACAUCUGAACCACAUCGUCGUAUCACAUUACCAGCAUCAUCAUCGUCAUCAACGCAAACAUUUUACAUUGGUAUUCGCGGGUACUCCGAGACUACGACGACAGUAUCAUGGACCUCAAAAGCUGUUUCAGAUGGCGACGAUCGAGGAGACACUGUAAUGACUGAGGCCGAUGCCGACGAGCAACUCCAUGCAAAUGAACCAGGAUAUACACAAUGUCAAAACUGCAAAGCGUGGAUUCCUGAACGAUCACAAGUGCUACACGAAGGAUUUUGUUUACGGAACAACGUUAUAUGUCCUCAUCAAGGAUGUGGUCGUGUGUUUCAAAGGGGGAGCCACGAAUUCGAGCAGCAUUGGCAUUGCAGUCAAUGUGACAAAAUGGGUGAUAAUCUCCAAAUAGAUCAACCUAAGCACGACGCAUACUUUCACGCACCAAAAACAUGUAUCUGUGACGCCGGAUUUACGACCGACUCCUACGAAGCAUUGGCCGAGCAUCGAAAGACAGCAUGUCCGGAAAGACUUAUUACGUGUCGAUACUGUCAGAAAUCGCUAAACCUUCUUUUUAAAACAAAGAACUUGGUACCACAAGGCGUACCAUCACCUGAUCCACGCGACCGACUACUAAACUUGCAUUCGCAUGAAAGUUAUUGCGGCAGCCGAACCAUCACCUGUCAAAAAUGCACCCGCCAAAUACCCAUCAAAGAUAUCCAAGUGCAUGCCAAAGUUCACGAAGUCCAGAAACAAAACCAACGCCUACCUCCACUAUGCAGUAAUCAGAACUGUAUCCGUCCACGGGCAAACAAUCGCUUGGGACUCUGUCAAUACUGCUUUGGUCCAUUUUGGGUCACUGAUGACGAUCCAAAAAACGUUAAACUGAUUCAACGAGUGGCACGCAAGCUUCAUUCGCAAUUGACGGUGGGAUGUAAUCAUCCCUAUUGUCGCAAUAAGUAUUGCGCUACAAGUACACAAAAACCACAAGAUGCAAACACAGCAGCAAGCACAUUGAUCCCCAUGAUCCAAUCAUUACAACGUCAAAUGAGUCUACCAAACCCAAAACCAGAGCUCUACUUUUGCGUAGACGAAUCCAUCACCCGUAAACGGUUUUUGGCUGAAAUGUUGGAAGAAGGAACGACGAGUAAAUAUAGCAUAGCCUGGUGUGCCAAGGCAUUGGAUUUAGAAGACGAGGAUUUGGAACGGGCUAGGACAUGGUUGGAUAAAAACGCACCAAAGCAACACGUUCAAGUUUAACUUUUUGUUAUAAGAUGUAAAUAUAAUAUGUAGAUAGAAUAUUGGCUCCUUACAUAUAU